CUAUGAGGCCCCUGCCGCCGGUCGGCGAUGUCCGCCUGGAGUUGUCGCCUCCGCCGCCGGUGCCGUUACCGGCUGUGAGCGGGUCUGUGGUCGGCUCGUCCGGGCGUCUCAUGGCCGCUAGCAAAUCUCUGGUGCCCGACCGGCUGCGCCUGCCGCUCUGCUUCCUUGGUGUCUUUGUCUGCUAUUUCUACUAUGGGAUCCUGCAGGAAAAGAUAACAAGAGGAAAAUAUGGGGAGGGAGCCAAACAGGAGACGUUCACCUUUGCCUUAACCCUGGUCUUCAUCCAGUGUGUGAUCAAUGCUGUGUUUGCCAAGAUCUUGAUCCAGUUUUUUGACACUGCCAGGGUGGAUCGUACUCGGAGCUGGCUCUAUGCUGCCUGUUCUUUGUCCUAUUUGGGUGCUAUGGUCUCCAGCAACUCAGCACUACAGUUUGUCAACUACCCAACUCAGGUCCUUGGUAAAUCCUGCAAGCCAAUCCCAGUCAUGCUUCUUGGGGURACCCUCUUGAAGAAGAAGUACCCAUUGGCCAAGUACCUGUGUGUGUUACUAAUUGUGGCUGGAGUGGCUCUUUUCAUGUACAAACCCAAGAAAGUAGUUGGGAUGGAAGAACACACAAUCGGCUAUGGAGAAUUACUUCUGCUAUUGUCUCUGACCCUGGAUGGACUGACAGGUGUUUCCCAGGACCACAUGCGGGCUCAUUACCAAACAGGCUCCAACCACAUGAUGUUGAACAUCAACCUUUGGUCGACAUUGCUGCUAGGAGCUGGAAUCCUGUUCACUGGGGAGCUCUGGGAGUUCUUGAGCUUUGCUGAAAGGUACCCAAUCAUCAUCUAUAAUAUCCUGCUCUUUGGCCUGACCAGUGCCUUGGGUCAGAGCUUCAUCUUCAUGACAGUUGUGUAUUUUGGUCCCCUGACCUGCUCAAUCAUCACGACAACUCGGAAGUUCUUCACUAUUUUGGCCUCUGUGAUCCUCUUUGCCAACCCCAUUAGCCCCAUGCAAUGGGUAGGCACUGUGCUUGUGUUCCUGGGUCUUGGUCUUGAUGCCAAGUUUGGGAAGGGAACAAAGAAGACAACCCACUAGGAAGAGAGAGACUACCUCCACUCCAAGAAUACUUAAGUUAUUAUCUCCAACAGUGACAUCUCCUGGGAAAAUGGACUUAGUAGUGAUAAGGAACUGGGUUCCAGAUUUUGUUGUUUUUUUUUUUGUUUUGUUUUUAAUCAAAGGAAGCAAAAUCACAUACUCUAAAAAAAGCUCUUGGAUUUUCAUAAGAUGAGUGGGCAGUUUCUGUUCUUGAUCAACUGGGGCAUAGUCUAGUACAAUUAAAGAGAGAAGGAAGAGGCAGGGGUCUGCCCGCAUCCCACUCUGCCCCUGGCUGCUCUCUUAGGUGUGGGUGGCAUGGUUGGCCAAGUGAUUCCCCAAGAGUCUGAGCAUGAUAAGGUGGAACCUUGAGAGAUUGUAUGAUUGUAUGGCUGUGCCAAAAGUCUCUGUUCCUACGGGCGAAGCUCUAAAUAUACUAUGACAGGUGGCUGACUGUUACAACUACGGAUGUAGGCAUCACUUCUUAAGUUUGGGUGGGCAAGCAUGUCAUGAAAAACCGAAGGUAUGUUCUCUCCUUAUGAAGUACCUCAAGGUUAGGGUUAAAUGAACCCAGAUUCCCAGAAUUUGCUAGUUUUUCUCUUUUCCCCACUGCCUCUCUCAGCCAAAGCAUGACAGAGAGACCCCAUGCAUGUAUCAUAAACAGCUUUGGAAAGUC